AUUACUCAAACUUCUACUUCUACUAUUUCUGAUUCUUCAUUAUUCUUGUGUAAUAAUAAUAGUAAUAAUAAUAAUACAAUGAAUUUCUGUCAGACUAAUGAAAAUCUCAAUGAUAAUACUAAUAAUGUCAAUAAAACUGAUGAUGAUCAUGCUACUAAUAAUUGUGACAUUGUCACUACACUUCCUUAUAUGAAUAACCCGAGUAUAAUACAAUGUGAUUUGAAUAAGCCAAUGAACAUUCAUCAUCAUCAUCAUGAUUAUUAUUAUUGUACAAUGAAAAAAAAUAUUUCGACGCCUGUAACUUCUUCUUGCUCAACUUAUAAACAUUUAGAUUUCAUUUGUUCAUCUAAUUCAAACGGUACAUCUGGACAUCAUCAUCAUCAAUCUCAUCAUCGUCGUCGUGGUGAUAAUGAAAAAGUUUGUUUAAAUUCAAAAUGCUGUUAUACUAAUUUAG